AUGACGUUACCUUUGCUUCUUCGAUUCAGUCUUGCUUUUGCUGAUCCUCUUGCGUCUCGAAAUCUGAUUAACGAUGCUGCGGGUCGGACAUAUGAUUAUAUUGUCGUCGGCUGUGGCAUAUCUGGCUUGGUAGUUUCAUCACGAUUGAGUGAGGAUGAAGACAUGACAGUGCUCUGUCUUGAGGCAGGGGCAUUAGAUGAAGGCGAGGAUGAAAUCUCGAUACCGUAUUACAUCGGACUUCAGCCUCCUGGCUUUUAUGAGUGGGGACAUCACACAGUCCCUCAAAGUCAUUUGGAUGGCGCAAGUCGUCAUAUCCCAAUGGGCAAGGGUGUCGGUGGUGGUUCCUUGAUCAAUGGCAUGGUAUGGAAUCGAGGGAACCAGCAGAGCUUCAACGCUUGGGACGACAUUGGCAAUACCAACUGGAGCUGGAAUGCUCUUCUGCCUUUUUUUGAGAAGUCCGAGACGUACACUCCUAAAAGCUACGAAGGGGCCGAAAUCCAGCCAGUCCUUCAAGAUUCGGACGUCCAUGGCCAUAAUGGUCCUGUGCAGGUUUCUUAUCCAAACUUUUACUGGCCCCAGGCAGAUAAUUGGUUUGAGGCGCUACAGUCCCUCGGGAUUCCCACGUCGGCUGAGCCUAACGAGGGCCUUUCUGCCGGGGGAUACUAUCUGCCACUGAACAUUCACCCCGAUACUCAGACUCGAUCAGAUGCACGAAUAGCGUACUACAACCCCAACAUUGGCCGCAGCAACUUCAAUGUCCAAGUCAACUCUCAAGCAACAAGAAUCCUGUUCGAGCAGGGGGAUUCGUUAACGGCGACCGCAGUCGAAUUUGCUGCAGGUCCAUCGUCUGCAACCCAGACGGCAUAUGCUAGUCGCGAAGUCAUUCUAUCGGCUGGCGCAAUCCAUAGUGCCCAGAUUCUCGAACUGUCUGGGAUUGGGCAAGCCUCGGUUCUAGAGGCUGCCGGCAUCGAAUUGCUUCAAAAUCUCCCUGGAGUUGGUAAUAAUCUCCAAGACCAUGCGAUGAUACACCUUGACUACGCCUACACAAACCCCAACGUGCUUGACAUCAAUGAUUUCGCAGCCAAUUCUACUUUCAACGAUGAAUCUGCUGCCGAGUACUACUCUAGCAGGACUGGUCCUUGGACUGCAAAGCCUAGUUGUGCCGUCGCAUUCCCGUCAUUGCAACAGUCGACCGCUGAUGCUGCAGGAACACUAUCCGCUGCCCGCUCAGCGCCUCACAAUUUGCCAGACACAUACGUCAAUGAACCUACUCUUCAGCGCGGGUAUGAGGAACAGAUCGAUAGUAUUCUCAGCGAACUCGCAUCUGAGAACAUUCCUGCUUUUGAAAACCUCAACAACAAUGCUGGUGGGCUUGAUUUGGCGCUCAUGCGGCCCCUCUCGCGCGGAACAUCCCACGUCACUUCAGCGGAUCCGUUCGCUUCACCUAGGAUUGACCCUCGAUGGCUGGCCCACGAGUUUGAUUUUGAAGUCAUGAUUCUUGCAAUGCAACUGAACCAACGGAUCCUCAAUACAAACGCAAUUCAACAACUCCAGCCGUCAUACGGCCAUGUCCCAUACAAUGCCGAUGUAGAGACGCUGAGCGCAAUCCUGCGCGCUGGUAUCGGGACUGAAUUCCACUAUUGUGGGACCACAGCCAUGUUGCCGCUAGAUCUAGGAGGGGUUGUCAAUUCCGACUUGUUUGUUUACGGAACGUCGAACCUUCGAGUUGUGGAUACUGGCAUCUAUCCCAUGGUGCCAGGUGCACAUUUACAGGCUGUUGCCUUUGGAGUUGCGGAAAAGGCAGCCGACAUGAUCAAAGCAGCGCAAUAA